AGCUAACGGGAGUGAAUUUUUCAAAAGAUAUUGAAAAUGAAUAACUCAGGACAAGUUUGUAAAAUCAUAGUGAUAAUUUCCUGUGUGAUAAAUUUACUAUUAGCGAUAGUAUUCGGAUUUUUACUCGCAUUAAACUGGGAGAAUGUUGGGGCCUACUUUCGGUUUAAAACCGACACUCUCCAACAGGAAAUUAUCGGGAAUGUAAGCGGUGAUGGGGAGUUACAAACAAAAGACUCGGUUUGUUUUUCGUGUGACUAUUUGGGAAACAGUGUAAGUGUGAAUGAGACACUGUACGACAAAAUUGUUACAACUGAUUGUCAACACAAGUUAUGCUGCAUUAAAAACAGUGUGAUUCAUGAUUUUGUACAAGCGACACUAAAUCAGAACAAUGACAAAGGUAAUAAUUCCUCGAUCCGGGACUCGUUCACCUGGUGGAGAAAUAGACCCCACUCCGCUCACCUUUAUCUGGACAGGGAUAACUCCGUUACAAAGGAAAACAAAUUGCGGUGGAUAACUGACGAUUCGUAUGGUACCGCAUUUGCACACGAUAUUGAACUGAUGAACGGAACGCACAUGCGCAUCAAAAAAGGUGGCAUCUAUUUCAUAUACAGCUCCACUACGUUUGAUCACACUGGUCAGGACACUGUUGAAACUCUGUAUCAAAGUAUUAUUAAAUAUCACCCUAUGUUGCCUAAGACAGGCGAUGUUGACCUCAUUUUCAGUAAAUUUGGGGGGUCGCCUGAAUCUGAUAGACAUCAUACAAAUUUUCUUGCGGGAGUGUUCGAGUUGCAGAAGGAUUAUCGUAUUGCCAGCCCGCUGUCUCAGAGUGGACACAAGUUUCUGGAUAAAUCCUCGGUGAUAAAAAAUUAUUUUGGAAUAUACAAGUUGUAAUUUUAUUGUUGUCAUGACACUUUGUAAAUAUAUUUAAAUGUAUGUUAAAAUCAUUUAAUUGAGGAAUCUAGAUCCUCGAAAAUGGUUGAAGCUGGGAAUCAGCUUGUGAAGAAAUUUACUGUGUUGUGUUCUUCAACAAAAUUGAAGAAAGAGACUUCCUUUGUUGCCAUAUGAGAAUUGGUGACAGCAAGUAAUAAACUCGUGUAGGAAACUGGUCCUAAGAUCACCGGAUGGAAAGCAGUAUGCCUAUGAUUCAUUACAACUUAAAAUACAAAAGGCAAUUACAGAGAAAAAAUUAAUUGUUUUGGUUAAAACUUCAGUUAUUGCUUGUGUUGGCUUAGUUUAGGUAAAACAAAACGAACGAAAUAACUUGAAUAGUUUUGAUAUUCAUCAAACUAUUUAUAAUAUAAAUAUUAUUCUUUUAAAAGAUUUUUUUGGGGGGUUUAAAAGACAGUACAUUCUACAACGGUGAACCUUUCACAAGACACAUCUGCCUGGAAAAAGAAAAUUAUCUCUUAUGUAACCAUGGCACUUUAUUACCUUUUUUUUCAUGUUCGAUUUAAAAUCUGGUCACUCCAAGAAAUUGCGUUCUAUAACAUUUUGCACUGUUUUAUGUAAAUUCAAUGUAAAUACAUGGUAUUGUUCUCAUUUUAUGACAUCUUGAAUAAAAUUGUAAAACGUG